AAACUGUGAAAAAUUAAUAAUAUAUCACAGCAGUAAAAACUCUGAGAAAAUGGCUGAGGCUGCCGGCGGCGACACCACCCGUCUGCUCCGAUCAGAAGGCGGAGAAGCAGAAAAUCAGAAGAUAAGUAAAAGACCAAAAGAGCCAUGGAGAGGAGAGUAUGUGAAGAGCAUUGUGUACGCUGGGCUUGAUGCCAUUGUCACUUGCUUUUCCCUCAUCUCCUCCAUGUCCGCCGGUCAUCUCUCCUCCGUUGAUGUAUUGGUGUUGGGAUUUGCGAACCUGGUGGCUGAUGGGAUAUCGAUGGGGUUCGGAGACUUUGUUUCAAGCGGCACCGAGAAGGACGCAGCGGUGAUGGAGAGGGUGGUGACUGAGUGGGAGGUCGCCAACCAGGGCGGGCCUCAGAAGACCCAGUUGAUCCGUCAUUACCAGGCCCUGGGGAUGGACCUUCAUGAUGCCACCACGGUGGUGAACAUUUUUUCCAAGUACAGAGACAUACUAGUAGACGAGAAGAUGACAGCCCAAAAAGGAAUGCUACCACCAGACGAAGCAGAGAAGCCCUGGAAGAGUGGCCUUGUCACAUUUGCCUCUUUUCUUGUAUUUGGCAGUGCCCCUCUCCUCUCCUUCAUUGUCCUCACCCCCUUCACGCACAGUGAUACCGUCAAGUUUGUAGGAGCAUCGGUGCUUUCUGCUCUCGCCCUAGUCCUUCUUGGCAUAGCCAAGGCCAGGAUUGCUGGCCAGAACUAUGCAGUCUCUGCAGUUGUUACUUUUUUCAAUGGUGCCAUUGCAGCUGCUGCAGCUUAUAGCAUUGGGUGGACUCUUAGAAAUGUGGCUGGCCUACAAGACUGAAUUGAGAGAAGUGCUUGCUUAAUCUCAGUCAGUUGUAAAAUUAGUCGAAUUAAAGAACUAAAGGGAGGACGUAAUCAAUAUUUCAUGUAGUAUAUCCAUGCAUGUCUGAAUGCCACACGAUCUGCUUACCGAACCUUUGUGACUGAAUCAUAUUAAGUUUUUAUAUGUUCUAGAACGUUGGUUAAUUUGAUUUUUAGGUUUGACCCAAGUUGGUUGUUUUUAUGGGUCACUGUUGAUGUUGAUGCAGCUGAGUAUUUUGCUCU